CCCAGAUAGCCUUACCCACACGAUGGCCGAGUCAGAUACGUUGACGGUAGCUCAGGGAAGGUCAAAGAGGAGUACUGCGGGCAACCGCAUGCGAGAGCUCCUGGAGAAGGCUCACCAGGAAGAUGAGGACGAGCUAUUCAAGGAAGAAGCGGAUGACGAAGAGUUUGCAGCCCCGCAGGAUAUCAGGGAUGUCUACUUGGAGGACUUUGCCGACACGGAUGACGAGGUUGAGCUGGAUUCCGACGCAGAAGAACGAGCACUUCGAAAGGAGGAACGGCGCAAGGCGAAAGGCAAAACUAGGGCUCAUGAUCCGUUCGGUUCGUCCCACUCAAAGAAACUCAAAGUCGACCCUACGCAACCAUCCAGCUCUGGCGGACCAUCUCGGCCAUCCCUAGCCGAACGAUUGAUAGAAUUGGAUCCCACACUAGACCCUUCGACCAUGGCUCCGAGUGCGUUGGUUCUGACGCUGAGGAAGAAACAACGGGAACAAAAACGUCUAGGAAGGUCAGAAGCCAUCCGCUCAACACUCCGGACAUCGACGUUGAAGACUGAGGAGAAGAUUAUAGAAAAAGAAAACGAGGCAAAGACACAGUCUGGUCGAAAGGGCAGAAAAGCCAUGCACGAGGGUGGAGAAGCGCGAGGAGUACGACCCAUGACACAGGCGGAUCUGAUCGCAGCGGCACUAGAAGAGGAAGAGAGGAACCGAGAGGCAUUGCGAGAUUGGGUCAAGAGGGAAGAGGAAAGACGGGAAUUGAGGCGAGUAGGUCGGAAACGAGUCCGGGGUCCAAGGUGGACGUUCAUCAGUCGGACCGUUGGAACUUUGGUGGAAGAGGUGAUUCCGGACACUGCGACUCCAGCGCAGGAGACGAAGAUACAGUCACUCCCGCCUGAGCAGACGCGCCUACAGCCGGAUCCGAGCACAGCAGAGAGUACCCAACUUUCUGAUCCGAAACCAGCUCAGCCAGAGCCGCAAAUCAAUGACACAGCAGGGGAGCGAAUAGAAGAGGUGCCUCCUUCGGAACCUAUACCUAUCGCCACCGAAAAAACAGCACCUGGCGAUCUCAGCGGUGGUCCGACUGUUAGCCAGGGAGAUAAUCAAAGCGCUCAGGCAGCCACUGUAGACGUCGACAAUCUUAGUCAAGCUGAGUUGCCAGGUCCUCGUCUGGCAAACAUAGAUUCAACGACCUCUGCCCCGACUCCCGCUGUCAACUCGUCAUCCUUAGACGGACCGUCAGCCUCGAUUCUUCCGAGCAAGACAACACUUCCGUCGCCCGUAAUCAAGACACCUGCACCGCCCGUAGACUUAGAACUCAGCCAGCAGCGAUUCCCCCAACAGUACGCUCGAAAUUACCUCAUCAUGUCUCAGAUCCCGGGUGGUCUCCCAGAAGAAAUGGGCAUCAUCCUCGGAACACACGUAGAUUGGCAAGAUGUCAAGUAUAUUUCGCAUCGUGGCAGGCCAAUCAACCGUCGACCAACCAUUUCACCUUUCAGUGGAAAGACUGCGAAAUACAAGCAUCCAGAUACUGGCAUACCUUACUGCUCUAUCGAGGAAUACAAGCAGAUUCAAGCGCUCUUGGACCAUCGUUAUGUAUGGAGCGAAGAUCUUGGUAUUUGGUUAGGAGGAGAGGAGGACGUCCCGGCUGAUGGGGCGGCUGAGAUACCUGGCUGGCGGGAAGCUGUCCACGGAGGAUGGUUAGGUGGGAAGGAGAUCACAUCGCAGAAGAUCGAGCCGGAGCCGGAGCCGGAAGUUUUGCUGGAAGAGGAAGACGUCAUGGAUGUUGAUGUUGUGCCGGAAGACGAUCCGACGCCAGUGGAGACGGUCAAGCCGAAAGGCAAGCGGCAGAAGAAGGAUAUAAUGAAAGGCAAGGUAAAGCAUGGCAAAUCGGACAAAUCUGUCAAACAAGGGACAUCGGCCAGCGGGAAGGCUAAGGGCACCAAGGCGAAAGCAAAAGCAAAGACAAAGAUCAAACAGGAGAAUUGGAGUCUGUCAAGUAGCUCCCCUCCGCCUUCUUAUUGCUCGACAUCCUACAAUCAUGUACAUUCAUUGUAGCUUGAUCUUUUUUGUUGUAAACUAGCAGGAUUCUCAACAAGGACAGCAGAGCGAUGUCACCUCACAGUAGUACCUG